GUAAUAUGUCAGCGACAUAAACCAUAUGCGCAUAAGUGGGGGCAGUCCAUCCCCAUUUUGGGCCCGCGCAAUCAGCGAUGAGGAUCCCGUUGCGUGACCAACGCGGCCCAACCAACGCGGCCCAUCGACAAGCUGAUAUGCAUAGCAAUCCGCAAUAGAGUAUGUACUAGAUCGUAGGCUUGCGAGCGUCGGCCAGAGUUGGGCACCAACUGGCGACCAACUUUCUGUGCGCGGGUUGUUUAUAUCCGCGGGUCGGUUUUACUGGGCGUGGAUGACGGCAAGUGAUUGCACACAGAUAGCACAGGCUGGUGGAGUUCAACUGUGAACGUUCACCGCCGGGACCGGCCUCGCCCGGCAUAAAAUGAGCGCGCCCUCGCCGUCUGAACCAGCAUUUGGCUACACGUUUUUGCGUUCCAUUGGCUCCGGCACCUAUGGCGACGUUUAUCUGGCUACCUUGGCGCGCGAUGCCAGCAGCGGCAACUCGAGUUGGGCGGUCAAGGAGUUCCGCUACGCAGCCGAGCAUGACAAGCUGGGCCUGCGCCUGGCGCUGCGCGAGUUGCGGCUCCUACAGAGCCUGGACCACCCACUCGUUAUUCGUUUGGAGCGCGCCUUCCGCUCACCAUCAGGGCGCUUAUAUGCCGUCUUUCCUUAUAUUAGCGGGGGCUGCGGUCAGGACGUGCUUCGCUCAAAGUAUGAGUUCGGGCUGCCGCCGCGCAUGCUAAAGUCCUUCGCCUGGCAGCUGUGCGUGGCGGUGCGCUACCUGCACGACUGCAAGGUGCUGCACCGUGACAUCAAACCCCCCAACAUACUGCUCGCCUCUGAUGGCAGCAUUCGCCUCUGCGAUUUCGGCUUCGCGCGGCGCCCCAACGACCCGCGCGACGGGCUGUGCAAAGGCGAGGGGCUGACGGAGUACGUCGUGACACGUGCCUACCGUGCACCCGAGGUGCUUCUGGGGCAGCCGUACGGCACGCCUGCGGAUGUGUGGGCGCUGGGCUGUACGCUUGCUGAGAUGGCCACUGGUCGCACACUACUGCCCGGCUCCUCGUCUCUGGACCAGCUCUGGCGCUGCCUCGGCGCACUACCAGCUGAGCCCUGGCCCGCUACCUUGGCGGCAGCCGUGGAGGCGCUUGGUCGGCUUGAUCCCGCGCAGCUCGGUGGGUCGCUCACGCAGGAGCAGCUGCGGCCGAUGCGGCUGCCAGGACGGCCGCUGGCGGCACGGCUGGCACAUCUCGACACCCAGUUCGUGGAGGUCGUGACGGCGUGCCUGCGGCUUGACCCCGCGGCCCGCGCCAGCGCCGACCAGCUGCUGCGCCUGCCGUACUUUGACGAUGUACGGCACGUGAUGGCGGGCAACGACACGCUCUUGCGGCUGUACGAUGACCUGAUGUACGAGCGCUGCGGUUGCGGCACGCAGCCGCGGGCGGCAGGCACGGCCACCCUAGCGCGGCAGCACAGCCUGAGCGCAACGUCCUUCUCAGCCACCUCUUCACGAAGCAGCAUCAGCAGCGGCGGCAGCUGCGAGGGCGUCAGCGGCGGCGCGGCCGCUGGCGUCAGCGGCGGGGCCGGCGGCAGGGCCAGCGGCAGCAGCAUCAGCCUCGGCAGCCCGGACUGCGGCUCCGGACUGGUGUCACCAGUUGUGCCAGCAGGCGCCUCGCCCGGUGUUGUGCUGGCAGCCGCCUCAGCGGCAGCGGCCGCCGCGGCAGCUGCCUGCUCCGUGUCGCCGGUUCUCACUCCGCUGCAGCAACAGCUGCAGCGACAACAGCAGCAACAGCAGCAGCAACAGCAGCAACAACAGCAGCGCCGCGCAGCGACGGCCACGGCGGUGCCGCGGGAGCAGCAGCCCACAGCCGAGCCCCUCGCCUGCCACCUCACCCACACCCACCUGCCCGUCCCUCCGCAGCUACGGCACCUGGGCACCACCAGCCCGCCCGCAUCGCCUGUCGCCGUCGCCGCCGUGCCUGCAGUGUCGCCUGCGUUCCACAAAACUUCUGAGCCAGGCGCUCUGGAGGCGGCAGCCAAGGCUGCCGUGGGCAGCCAGGGCCAGGGCCAGGGCCGGGGCCGGGGCAUGCGGCGCGUGUGUACCUCCAUGGACGUGACGGAGGCAGGUGCGGCCGCCGCAGCCGCCAAGCAGCGCAGCCAGCUGCAGCAGCCGCAGCCGCGUGAGCAGCAGGAGCCGGGGGCCGCAGCGAAGGCGCCGUACCUGCGUGCCAGGGCUGGCGGCGCCGUUGUCACCGCCGGCGCCGUUGGAGCCUCCUUUACGGCGGCGGCGGCGGCCGCCGCCAGUGCCAUCGCCGCCGCGCGCAGCAGGGAGGACGCCGCCGCCAUCAGCCUGGUGUCCACGCCCACGCGUUUACCGCCUCUGGAUGAGUGUGCCGCCUUUACCUCGCACCACGACGCCGUGGGCGGCAGCGACGGCGGCGGCGGCUGUGGCAGCGGUGAGGAGACGACGCUCAUGCAUAAACACUCAGGCGCCAGCCUUGCGCUGACAGGCACCGGUGGCUGUGCCGGAGCCUACGCCGCUGCCUUCUGCAGCGCUGACGGCGAGCAGCAGAGUGUCGGCGCCAAGGCGGCGGCGGCACACGACAGCGCCGCGCUACAGGCGCUGCAGCCGCAGCUGCAGCUCUUGCCGCAUACACGGUACCUGAUGGCGGCAGCAGGCGAUGAGGACCCGACAUGCAUGGGCCCUAUAUGGCCGGCCAAGCCGGCGGCCGACCUGUCACCAAACAGCCCACCGCCGCACGUGCCGGCGCCAGGCCUGGCCCGCGCCUGCAGCGACGGCUUCGCUAACUCAGCGCUGGCUCCAUCACGCAGCACCACAUGCAUCGCUACCGCCUGUGCUGGCAGCGAUACCGCUGCCGCCACCGCCGCCGGUAAUGACGCGAGUGCGCGGACCACCCCGUUCGCGGCGGCAGGCGCCGGCGGCCCUGCUAUAGGCCCCUCGGCCGCGGCUUCAGGCGUGACGGCCCGUGCGAUGUUCUUGCGGCGGCGCCCUGACCUUUGCGUGUUUGGCGACAACAGCGACGACGACGAGGAGGACGAGGUGCUCACGCCCAGGGGCACGGCCGCCGGCGCGCGUGCCCAGCGUGCCCACGUUCCGCAUCCGGAUCCCGAGCUCUGCUGCCUGCCUGAGGCCGACGGCCUGGGGCCCUUCGGCGCGCCGAGCCGCAGCUGGGGCUCCGGUCAGGUGCCGUCGUCGCAGGGCGCCGCCGCGGCGGCGCCUCCGCCGUCCCUGCCGCCGCGCUUCGGCGCACGCCACCACGGCUCGAUGCCGCUGCUGCUGCCGCAGCGCCGCGGCACGCUGUUGGGCUUCGUGCCGGAGCCGCCCAGCGGCGACGCUGCCUCCGUGGCGGCGGUGCUGACCCGCACCAUCUCGACGGCGGAGCACAGCGGUGGCGGCGGCUCCCGCCCGGGCCGCUCGAACGCCGUGCUGGCCACGCUGCCGGUUGACGCGGGCUCAGCGCUGCCGGCCCACAGCGACGGCAUGAUGGGCCCAGGAACGGGCCUGCUGCAUCCGCGCGCGUCGCAACUGCAGCAGGGCAGUCCCACGAUGUCGCUCUCUGCUCAGCAGCAGCUACAGCUGCAGCCCUCCGCCAGUCGCCAGCUGCCAGCCGCCGCGGCCUUCCCCGCCGCGCCAGGGCAGCUGCCUGCCCCUGCGGCCGGCGCGCUGUCGCCGCCCGCGCACCCGGCCAGCGCAACCACGACAGGCCGCCUGAACCAUCGCCUCUCGCUGUCGCAAGCCUCCACCGGCGCAGCCGGCAGCACGGCCGCCGCCGCGCUCGGCUCCUGUCCCGCUGUUUCCCCCGGUGCCUCCGGCGCCGCCAUCGUCAGGGCCGCGACCGUGAGCCGUGCGGACUCGAGCUCCGGCCGCGCGGCAACGGCGGCGCAGGCCGGAAUGCUGCGGCAGACAAGCCGCGGCACUUUCGGCAGCCAGCCGCUGACGAUUGCCGGUGCCAGCUCUGCAGCGCUCGACAGCAGCGCCUGCGGCUCCUACACGCCCGGCUACGGCCUCGGCAUGGGACUGGAUGGUGAGUAUGGCGGCUACAGCGGCGCCGGUAGCGCGGUCACGACCGCCAUGACCAUGACGACGACGGCGGCUGCGGUGGUGGCGGCAGCGGCGGCCGCAGCGGCAGGCUUCUACUGCACCGGUGGCCUGGGCCCAAGCGCGAGCGGCAGCGGUGGCGGAGGUGCAGGAAGCUACUCCCACUUCUGGAGUGGCGGCAGCACGGCUGGCGCUUCGGCUGCCGCGGCCGGUGGCUACGGAGGUAGCGGCGGCGUGGGACCGUCCAUGGCGCCUUUUGCCUUGUCGGGUGCUAGUGCGAGUGGCGGCAGCAGCUUUAACCGCAGCUCCGCGACGCACGCGCAGCAGUGCCGGCUGCAACGGCAGAUGUCUGUCCUUGAGGGCCCGGCCGGAAGUGCGUCCGCGAAGGCUCCUGCGUCCUUCGCGACCGAGGCCAGUGCCCCCUGCUUCCCUGCGGCAGCGACAGCAGCUGCCAUAAUUACUUCGUCAGCUGCUAGCGAUGCUGCGGCCACUGGUGCGGCCACUGCUGCCGCUACUGCCGCUGGCUCAGCCAUGAGCCGUGGCAGCUCAACUGCUGCAACCGUAACCCUAAUCCAUUACGGCGAGCCGGCUGCUUCCGGCAGCAGCCUGGUCCCGUGCUCGGCGAUUGGCAAAGCGCCAGCCCGUGAUGUGAGCAAGCUUUUGGAGCCGCAGCAGCACAGCCGUGUGAGCCAUGAGGAAAGCGGGAGCAGCACCAGCACCAGCGGCAAUGCUGCAAGCCGUGGCGGGAUGCUGGCAACUAUCUUUCGGCCGCUGUUCGCAUGCGUCGCGCGACAGGGCUGAUGCCAGCUCCCUAACCAGCAAGCCGGUCUUUGCCGACGGCGUACCGUAAACGGCUUCUGAACUAGAUUCGACGCAUGAGCUGAGGGUGCGUCGCUUGAGGUCGCUAGGCUUUUAACUUUAUCAUGGCGCACUAUCAUUAUUUUGUGCAUUUAAAUUUCAAAGAAACUCUAGUUGGUGCAUUCAAACUUGUGGCGACAGACUGCGUUGGCUAUAGCAGCGCAUGAUGACGGCCUCACACAACACACUAGGCACAAGGCACUCGCUGGCAACACGGCAGAGAGCGCAACUGAUGGCUUUGGGAAACUGGGCAAUGGCAUGGAGCCGCCAGGGCAGAGGGGCCUUCACAUUUCAAUGGCCCAAAAAGCUUGUAUGUGAGAGGGGUGAGGCCGCAACAAGAACGGGCCAGGAUGCGGGGCCGGUACAAGACACGGCGACCUGAAGAUGAAGUAAAAUGGGCAGUGUACCAAAUGCAGAAGUUCAAGCAUGGCACAAAAGUGUUU